AGUAGAAUAUUAUAUACGGACACGAACGCCCGCGCGUGUGUAUACAUACCGCAAAACAAUAAUUGUUAACCCGAAAUACACCGUAGUCUCAUUAUAAUAAGAACUGAAGUUCAAUAUCAGUGAAGUGAUGCUUUAAAAGUGACAGUGAAUAUACUUUUUUAAUCGAUUCACAUGAAAUAAUCUCAUAGAAUCACCUUUAAAAAAAAUGUAAAUAAGUUCCGAACAUAACAAAAUGACAUCCUUAAACGGAGAGAUACAAGUGAAUAAUAGUGAAAACGAGAAACCAUCAGAGAACAUAGUGAUUACAGUUGACAGCUGUCAAACUGACACGGACAGCUGUCACCGGAAUGCAAAUGGCGGGUGCGUUCAAAAUGGCGCACGGGAUUCGCUCGGAAUUCCGAGGAACGGACAUCGGAUGUCGUUUAUGGAAGAGGAGAGUGCAAGAGAAAGAUUAAGAUUGACUCUGCUGAAGCAGUGCUCUGCUAUCUUGAAGCAGAGCGAGCAGAGGUACACGAAAGAGAGCUUGCACAAGACUUUUCAAGAUGAGGAUCUGCUCGAGAGGAUAUUCCGUUUGUUUGACGUCAAGAAAUUAGACCAUUUAGUGCAAGAUGACUGGAUCGAGUACCUCAAAGAACGGCUACCGGAAGAGAGGCAGCUGGACCUGGUGGAACAAAUCGAAAGCGUCGCGUACGUUUUGUGCGGCGAUGGUGUUAUCAGCCUCGAUACAUUUCAACACAUCAUGCAGAACAAAGUUGUGACGAAGAAACUCUUUAGGGUAUUGGACGUUGACGGUGACGGUUAUGUUACAGCUGAUAAAGUUAUGGAAUUCCUCUCAACGGUCAGCAGUAGCAGACCACGCGUGGGCUUUGAUAAGCACAGCGUUGACCGACUGGAGCAACUCUUCAAGGAGACGGUGGGAGAUCAGAAGGAGAUAACAAGAGAACAAUUUCAGAAGAUUGUCGUCUCCAAAAAUCCAUUCUUCACAGAGCGGGUUUUCCAGAUAUUCGAUGAAGACGAUUCCGGGUCCAUCUCUCUCCAGGAGUUCAUCGCUGCCGUGCACAGGUUCGCGGGCCAGAGUCCUGACGACAAGAUCCGGUUCUUGUUUAAGGUUUAUGACUUGGAUGGCGACGGCCUAAUCCAACACAGGGAGCUGCAGCAUGUGAUGAGGGCGUGCAUGGAGGAAAACGGUAUGCAGUUCAGCGAUGAGCAACUCUUAGACCUGACCACUGCGAUGUUCGAGGACGCUGACGUGGAAGAACGCGGGGCCAUCACGUACGAGGCCUUGAAGAAUCAGUUGAACAACCAUGGGGGGCUGCUGGAGAAUCUGUCGAUUAGCAUAGACCGCUGGCUGGUCCCCCCCAAACCAGACCCCAAGCCGAAGAACCUGCGCCAUAAGCUAGCCAAAUUAAAACCUUACCAGUUCUCUUUACCUUACUUCAAAAACAACUAUGUUUAUGUGAUAUACCUGGUUCUCUUCUACUUGGUGAAUUUUGGAUUGUUCGUGGCGAGAUGCAUUGAGUACAGACAGUCUAACGGCUUCGUCAUCGUGGCCAGAGCUUGUGGUCAAUGCUUGAAUUUCAACUGCGCCUGGGUUCUUGUCCUCAUGCUGAGGCACAGUAUCACAGCGCUGCGAGUCCGGGGCUUCGGUUCAGUCCUGCCUUUGGACCACCACAUAUAUCUGCACAAGCUGACGGGGACACUCAUAUUUGGAUAUAGUCUCCUGCAUACGCUGAUGCAUCUUUGUAAUUUUAGUCUCGUUGUAAUCAACGAUCCAGUGAUAAACAAGUCAAAUUACACUCUGACUGAAUGGCUAUUGACGGAGCGCCCAGGGUUAUUUGGACUGGUGGGAGGCUGUGCUAAUGCUACAGGAAUAGCUUUGGUCGUAAUUCUUGCUGUGAUGUUCGUUUGCAGCCAGCCCUUCAUACGGAGGGGAGGAAGCUUUGAGGUAUUUUACUGGACUCAUCUGCUGUACGUGCCUUUCUGGUUACUACUGAUCUUCCACGGACCCAACUUUUGGAAAUGGUUCAUUCUACCGGGAACUAUUUAUAUCACCGAGAGGAUCUUGAGAUUGGCUUGGAUGAGGUCAGAGCGCGGCAAAACGUACAUCUCCUCGGGGAUACUCCUGCCAUCCCGGGUGACGCAUCUCGUCAUCAAGAGACCGCCGGCCUUCGACUAUCACGCCGGCGACUACGUCUUCGUCAACAUUCCAGCCAUCGCCAGCUACGAGUGGCAUCCUUUCACGAUCAGCAGUGCGCCUUCUCAACAUGAUUACAUCUGGCUCCACGUACGAGGAGUAGGGGAGUGGACGAACAGAUUGUAUUCGUAUUUUGAGGAGCAGGCCAGGAUACAUGCUGCUGAUGCGAACUCCAGGCUCGGGGAACACCAACAAGUAGCCCGCACCACAUCGAUCCUGAGCAAACGGAAGAGUUCCGGUGGGAGUGCCAAGAAGAGAUCGGUGGACUUCUCUCGUUCCUGUUACACCAGCGAAGCUUUCACUCUUGACGAGGAGGAGAACAAUGCGGAAUAUAAGAAGGAAUUCGAAGCAUUUUCGCCUUCUUCGAUAACGCACAGCACAUUGUUAGCGCCAAAGCACUUAGAAAAGUCUGCUUCCAUGCCUGACGUGCAGAAGAACAUCAAAAAGCGACAGAGAAUAUUAGCGAUGCGAGAAUUCAUGCGCUCAGAAUCCGAGAGAAGCUUCGAUUUGGUCAGUGUGAAGGCACAAAAAAAGAUAACGAGCGCUUACAAAAGCCCCCAACACAGAGUGCUGGCUCAAAGCUUUCGGUAUAUGAGAAAUAAGCCCGUUAUUAUAGCUUUUAAGACUCCAAGCCUUGAGAGCUGUGAGAGAAGGCAGUCUAAUGAUAGCAUUUUGACCAUAGCAAGACGCAGAUUGUCGAAGAGUCUAUCACCAGAUCGAGAUCCAGAGAGUUUCGACAAGCCUGACAUCAACAUCAUUAGUCCUUCGGAGUCCACGGCUGACGACCACUCCUUCUCCAGCUAUGCAUUUGGAAAACCGCUCGAAAUCUACCUGGACGGGCCGUAUGGUGCGGCGUCGUCCCACAUCCUGCGCGUGGAGCACGCCGUGCUGGUGGCGGCCGGCAUCGGCGUCACGCCCUUCGCGGCGCUGCUGCAGGAGCUGGCCCACAGACACCAGGCCGCGAGGAACACCUGCCCACGCUGCUCCCACACUUGGGCCGUUCAACCAGUCGGGACAACGCUUAAAAAGGUGGAUUUCUUCUGGAUAAACCGUGAGCAGCGCUCGUUCGAGUGGUUCGUCUCCCUCCUCUCCCAGCUGGAGAUGUCGCAGGCUGAGCUCUGCGGAGACGAGGGCAGGUUCCUCGACAUGCACAUGUACAUCACCAGCGCCCUACAGAGACACGACAUGAAGGCGGUCGGACUGCAGCUGGCUUUGGAUUUGUUGCACGAAAAGGGAAAACGCGACCUCAUAACGGGCUUGAAGACCCGCACGAACGCCGGAAGACCGAACUGGGAUAAGGUCUUCCAACAGCUGCAGCAGCAGAAUAAAGGAAAGGUCACGUUGUUCUACUGCGGACCUCCGCAGCUGGCCAGGAUACUCAGAGUCAAAUGUGACCAAUUCGGCUUUGAUUUCAGGAAGGAAGUCUUCUAAUCUUCAAGCAACUAGCUGUCCUGAGUCCUUUUAGAUAUCCUUUGCUAUCUUUAUUAUGGUAUGAUAACAUGACCCACUUAAUUUAUAGAUCAUUGAUGUCCAUGGACAUUGGAGGUACUGUAACAAGUGCUCUGAUCUUUUCCGUAAUACCAUACUCUGUUCUUAAAUCUGACUAUCAGAAAUGUAAAUAUCGCUCAGGAAUAUCUAAAUUAAUUGAAUUACAACCUGUAAAUAAGCCCGAUUUUUUUUUUAAAUAACACGAGGAUACUUCUUCUAACUAAUUCCUUGUUGACAUGUUCUAUCUGUAAAUACUAUACUUCGUUGUUUCAACAUUAUUUUGUUGUCUUAUUAUUAUUAUAUCUGCGCUUUUCAAUUUUAAAUGUUUCAAAUCAAUUUGAUAAUUGUUAAUUCUUACUUUUAUUUUUACUAUAGACGCCUUGCCCUUGUGACAAUAAUGAAUAUUAAAAAAAUUACGUGCUGUGUUUGUAUGUGUGUGUGAAUAAGUUUUUUUUCUCUCAGUUAUCGAAAAUUCUGUGUCAAUAAUUCAAAAGUUUUACCAUUUUUAUUUUAAUUCCAGUUUUUCGUAAUAAUAAAUAAAAAUAAUAUACCUACGACACAUGAGAAGAGAACAGUGCAAUAGAUAAAAUAUGUAUCUGUUUCAAUAAAUCUGACUUCAACGGGGAAUUUAAUAAGCAUUAAAUUAUAUUUAUUGAGUCAAUAUUCGAAUUUUUACAAUUCCUGUUGUCCACUCUGUGUUGCCAGAUAAAAAAAUAGCACGAUUAAUAGAUUUAUAAAGAUGUCUAAUAUUAUUAAAAAAUUGCACAGUCCGUGAAAAAUAAUUUUUAAGUUAAAUAGCAACAAAUAAGUUUUUCCUUUGGACAUCUCCAUAUUCGAGAGAGCUUUACUUCUAUAAAGUCACUGUUAUAUUAUGCUAAAUGUAAAAAAAAAUGUUUUUCUGUGUUCAUUUCUUUUGUUAUAAUUAAUUUAUUAAUAAAAUUUUAUUCACAGAA